AUGUUAUUUUUAAUUGUAUUCAAGAUAUUACUUGCAUUUGAACAACCCGAAGAAACUUCGAAAAACCUAGAAGUAUUUCCUUCAUUGAAUCCUUUAAAAGAAACAUUACCACAUCCAGAAGAAGAACAUGGUUUUACAGUUGUUACUUCUAAAAAGUCCAAAAAGAAGUCCGAAAAAUCACAAAUACCAAUUCAAAGUCUUCCAAAAUUAGUUCACCCCAUUCAAGAAGAACGUACAAAACACGAAGGAGACGUUGUUCGACCAAAAGAACAACCAAAAGAAUCUCAAAGUGAUGAAACUAAACCAACAGAUGAACCUACAAAACAAAUUCAACAAUCACAAGAUGUUCGUCCAAAAACUAAGACUUCUGAAGACAAACCGAUAUCACGUAGAAAGCACAGGAGAUCAACAUACGCAGUUUCUGAAUAUCAAAAGAAGCUGAAAGAACUCCGAGUAAAACGCGAAGAUUUAUAUCCAGCAACACCAAGUACACCUUCACAACUUUUAAGUGGAGAUCAAAAAGAACAACAAAAAAAUGUUCCUAUUAAAUAUCCACCCGAUGUUGUUAUACACCCAUCAACUAUUAUUUAUCUAGAAAAUUAUCCAAUGUGCAAAUUUUACCAACCUAUUACAAGGAAAUUAAAUUUGAUGGUAUAUGUAGAAUAUUGGCCAGGUGCCAAAUGUGAUGGACAAACAUGUUCACUGCCAAAAGGUACCCACAAAACUAAAGAACGAUUUUGGCUUCAUGGCUUUUGGCCACAAUAUAGUAACAACAGAAUUCUCAUGUGUUGUGUAUACCCACGUUCAGAUAUUGAAGUCGAAGAACAAGUUGUGGAUGACAAAGAAUUAUUGCAAAAUAUAAGAAAUAAAUGGAUGUCACUCACUUUAUGUCGACAUUUAAUACAUCAAUGGGACAAACAUGGAAGUUGUUCAUCGGAUAUUUAUGUUGGAAAUAGAGGACCUUUAGAAUAUAUGCAAACAGCUCUCUUUUUGUACGAUAAAUAUGAUUUAUGGAAAUUAUUACAAGAAAGCGAAUUGAAAGUUGAAACGGAAAAAUUAUAUGCACUUUCUGAUUUGAAGAAAAUAUUAAAAAGAAGUUUGAAAAUAGAGCCCGUGUUUGAAUGCUCUGAAAUGACUUCAAUUGCGGAAAUACGAACAUGUUAUGAUAUUUAUAUUGAUAAAUUUAAUCCAAAAAUGAUUAAAUGCCCUCCUUAUAUGUUCAGAAAAGAAGAAAGAAAAUGUGCUAAAGAGGUCAUGUUCAAAAAAUUCCCAGAGUAUCUUCUUAAUCCAAAAACAGCACCAAGAAAUAAUUGUGAAUUUUAA